CCGCGGUCGCGGACGAAGAGAGUAGGGGCCGCUGGUCGCGGGAGGCGUCGUCAUGCCCCGGUAUUACGAGGACAAGCCAGAGGGCGGAGCGUGCGCGGGCGUGAAGGAGGACCUGGGCACGUGUCUGCUGCAAUCGGACUGUGUGCUGCAGGAAGGAAAAUCUCCUCGGCAGUGUUUGAAGGAAGGAUACUGCAAAGCCUUGAAAUAUUCAUUUUUUGAGUGUAAAAGAUCAAUGUUGGAUACCAGGUCAAGAUUCAGAGGAAGAAAAGGGUAUUAAUACCAUUAAGUUGAAACCAAGAUGAAAACUGCAAAGGAUCUUCUUUGGUCAUUGACACCCAAAGCCAAGAUAGGAAGCACACUUUCUGCUUCAUCUGUUCAGUUGGACCAGCUUGUCCCUCCACAGAAUGCUGGGAGAAUGAAUGAGUUCUGGUUAUGAAUAUAUAGAAAGUAAAUAUUUUCUUGCUCUGUUAUUUUUAGAAGAAAAAUAAUUUAACAGUAUGGGUUGGGAGCAUAAUAAAUGUGUUUUGAGGAUCGUUCUAAAGCACAGAGAAUGGAAAGAUGAUUAUUUUCAUACUUGACUCUUCAAUCAGAUUCCACACUUUGUACAGGCCACUGAUGUAACUGACACAAUUGAUAACAUGGAGCCUGUCCAGAAGAUGUCUACUGGGAAAGUUGAGGAUAAAACUUUCUCUUUAAUUCAGUCUGUUCUGAAAUAAACUGUUUGAUUCCCUAGAGAAGAAAUAUUUAAUUUGCACUGAUUCACUGAAGUCACAACCUCAAAACUUCACUGCUGCCCCUGGGCAGAGCUGAUGCCAAGCCCCAGGUGGUGUUGCCAGGGCUCUUCACCAUCAUCUCCCUGUUUUUCUGUUUCCUGAUUUCAUUUUCAGGCUGGCCCGCUCCACAUAAUGGGCCAAUGCCAGCUAUAAGCUCACAUCCUUAAGAUCUAUGAUCCAAGAGGAGAGAGAGAACUUUUCCAGGGUAACAAAUCAAAUUCUACAAAAGAACUGUCUCUGGUCUUCCCUGCCUUGGACCAGGCCCUGUGGAAAAAGGGAUGGGGGCUGUGAUCUUGGCCAAGCCUGGAUGGGUCAUAUGCAGUGUCACUGAUAACUCCCAUCAGAAUCACUUUGGAGGACUGGUGGGCCUCGUCCCAAAAGGGGAGGAAUUUGGAGCAAAUAGAAACAACAGAUGUUCUCUAUAGAAAGAGUGAAAAACAUGAAAUGGUUGAAAAGUUGAGCAUCACAGUAAUUUAAUUCUGGUCACUUAAUAUAGUAGAGAAUAGGAAUACAAGUUUCCAGCUUUAUUUGGUAUUGAAGAAUAAUGAGCUGUGGCUUCGUUAUACUGCCACAGUUCACCAGAGUUAAAGCAGUCAAGUUAUUGUAUAGCUCACUUUCUUUCUUAAAUGUUCUCUGAAAAAGCUAUGAGAAUUCCACACAGCGUGGGUAUUUAUCAGAGUGUCACCGAGCCUGUUGCGUGUACUACUUUUCACAGGAAAAGGAAAAAUGAUGGAUUUAUUUUUAGUAACUAUUGUAUACAUACUUAAGUGCUAUAGCAUUAUUAAUAAAGUUACUUUAAUAAGAAACUCUAAAA